AUGCGCACAGCGGGCGGGCGGCCGGGCAGGGGCCGGACCGUGUUGCUACAGGUGCCACACGGCGUGCUCUCGGCGUGGCGGCGCGCGCGGCGGCGGUGGGAGGAGCGGGAGCGGGGGCGGCAGCAAGGGCAGCCGGCUGCGAAGUCGCGGAGGCAGGAAGGCGAGCAGCAAGGUCAGGGGCGGCGGCCACUGCAGCUGCAGCAGGAGCAGUCGCAGCAGCUGGAGCGGGAGCCGCCUCCGUUGCUGCAGUUUUGGGCCGCGGCGGACCCUGACUGGCAGCGGCGGCAGCAGCAGCAGUGGCAGCAGCGGCAGCAGCAGCAGCUGGAUGAGGAGCAAGAGGAGCUGCAGCAGCAGCAGCAGCAGCGGUGGUCUCCGGCCGGCCCGAGCUCGCCAUUUGCAACCGCAGCUGCCGCAGUUUUGGAGCGCUUGGAGCGGGGUGCGGGGCCGGUCUUCACGAUCCGCGAGCCCGGCACGUACGCCCUGCCCGGCCCGCCGCCCGGCGGCCGCUUCGGCGGCGACGCUUCUGCCGCGGGCCCGCGGCGGUGCCUGAGAGCGCCGGUGGCGCUGGUGGCGGAGUUCAACGCUCUCCUGGGUGCCCGGGGCGACCCCUGCCACGCCGCCGCCGCCGCGGCGCUCGCAACCGCGUUGUCGGCGGCGCCGCACUCCCGGGGCGGCGCAGGCGGGCCGGGCGGCGCGGCGGGCCGCGGGUGCCUGGUCGUGACCACGCCGCGGGAUUGGGCGUCGUUCCUGGCGGUGUGGGCCGAGCGCGGCGGAGGGGGCGGGCUGCCGACGCCCGACGUGGUCGUGGCGGAGAGCGGGACGCGCGUGUACCGGCGACUGCCGCGCAGCUCCCCGGCCCGCGCGGCGCCCACCGACGGCGGCGGCGUAGCCGGCUGGGCGGAGGACCGGCGCUGGCGGUCGGCACUCUCCCGCUGCGGCUGGGACCGCGCGGCGGCGGCGGCCGCGGCGGCGGCGGUGGCGGCGGCGAUGCCCGGGGACGCGCGCCUAGGGCCGCGACACCACCAGGGGCCCCACCGGGUGCAGCUGCUGCUGCGCCCGCGCCUCGCCGCAGACGCCGUCUCGCUGCUGCUAUCCUCCCUCGGCCAGCCCCCCGCCGCCGACGCAUCCGCUUUGUCAGCGGGCCCUGGCGCGGCACCCAGGGCGGCGCUGCGGCUGCACUCGGAGAAGAAUUGGGUGGUGGUGGAUUUGGUGCCUCCCCUGGCCGCAGAGCAGCACGCGCUCAGCUACAUCCUGCUGGGACGCCUGGCCAUGGCCCCAGGCGACGCCACCAGCAGCAGCAGCAGCAGCAACGGCGGCAGUAGCAGUGGCAGCAGCGGCGGCGGCGGGAGGCGCGCGCCGCCGCGGCCGCUGUGGGCCGCGCAGCCCGCGCAGGGCGACGGCGCGGCGGCUGCUGCGGCGGGCGCAGAGCCGGCGCCGCCGCCGCCGCUGCUGCUGGUGCGGCAGCCGGUCAAGUACGAACUUCCCCUGAGGGCGGCCAGGGCCGCGGCCGCGGCCGCCUGCGGCGACAUGGUUGCGAGCGGCGGCUGCGGCGGCGGCAGCAGCGGUGGCGCCGGCGCGGGUGGGGCCGCGUGCACGGCCGGGGUGGGCGGCGCGGGGGCGCAAGUGGUGUGGGUGCAGGUGGGGAGCGGCGCGCACUCGCCAGGGGGAAUGCUGCUGGACGGUCCUGCGUCAUCACAGCAACAGCAGCAAGUGCAGCAGCAGAAACAGCUGCAGCAGCAGCAGCAGCCCGAGCCACGCGGCCGUGUGUGGCGGCAGUGGCAGCGCGACGGCUGGCCGGCGCCGGUGCUGGAGGGCGGGCGGCUGUUGGUGGCGCAGCCGGCGUCAGAGGGCGUCUUGGUGGCGCUUGAGGCAUUGGAUCUUUACUAA